AAGCCACUUUCCAGAAAAAGAAGCUCUAGGGCCCUGAGAGACGCAGCUAACUCUCUCGCACUGCCUGUGUCUGACUCAGGAGGUGGUGCCGGGGCCAGAGGAGACGGGGCCCUGUGUCCCUUUAAGCAGGGAGUACAAAUUCCCAUCCCCGUCCCUCCCUCCUGCUCUUCCUGACGUCAGGAGGAAGGCGUGUGUGAGUGAGUGAGGGGCCCGAGGUGCCGCAUGCUCACACACACACACACACACACACACACACACACACACACACGGAGUCACACACACAGCACAUCUUUCAGACCCAUCCCCUGCUCAUCAGCUCCAAGCGCGCGAGAGAGGCCGAGUCUGAAGCCGGCUGCAGGAGGCAGUGCCAGGACCUCAGCUGCCAGGGAGAGACGGAGCCUGUGGCUGGUGAGGCCGCCGAGCAGGGCCAGGCCGGGCCCUGCCCGCAAGGACGCCCAAGCCCUUCACCGGCCCCUGCUCCUGGGAGCCCACCAGGCUCUCCCCCUGGCUCCGCCAUGACUUCGGAGCCCACACCACCCCCGGUUGUGCCCCCGCUCCACUCCCCCAAGUCCCCUGUCUGGCCCACCUUCCCGUUCCACCGGGAGGGCAGCAGGGUCUGGGAGCGAGGCUGUGUCUCAUCUCGGGACCUGCCCAGUCCCCUGCCCACCAAACGGACCAGGACGUAUUCAGCGACAGCCCGUGCCUCGGCUGGCCCCGUGUUCAAGGGCGUCUGUAAGCAGUUCUCACGCUCACAGGGCCACGGCUUCAUCACCCCGGAGAACGGGUCAGAGGACAUCUUCGUGCAUGUGUCUGACAUCGAGGGGGAGUACGUGCCAGUGGAAGGCGACGAGGUGACCUACAAGAUGUGCCCUAUCCCGCCCAAGAACCAGAAGUUCCAAGCCGUGGAGGUGGUGCUCACCCAGCUGGCUCCACACACUCCCCACGAGACGUGGUCCGGCCAGGUCGUGGGCUCCUAGGCUGGCUGGCCCCCGUGCUAGCCGCCGGGGGGGGGGCGGGGGGGAGCCACACAGGGUAGAUGGGCAGCAGCUAGCUCCACGCCCCACGGCACUGGCUGAGCCAGUCCCCCGGGCGGCCUCGGUGUGCACGUCUGUCUGUCUGUGCUUGUGGACGUGAGUGCUUGUGGACGUGAGUGCGUGCCUCCAUCCACCCCGUGACUGUUGUGUGAGUUGGACCGGGUGGGAGGCCACCAGACCUGCCUUCCCUGCUUUUCACUCUCUCUCCUUCCUCCCCUCCCUGCCACAUACGCACAGGACCCUCUUGCCCUCCUAACACCCAUCUGCGUGUCCACUGAGCCUCUGAGGGCCUGCGUCAGGCCUGGGCUGGGAGUCGGGGCAGCAGUGGGCCCUGCCCCCCGUACCAGCUGGCUCCCCUUGCCUCUGCGCCAGGCCUGGCCCCGGGGGCCAGACUCUGCUUGUGCUACUCACACACACACACACACCCACUCCCCCGGGGCUGGGGUCUCCCACUGUGACCUGGAUCCCUCCCCUCAGAAGCCAGGCCACUGAGUGCUUUGGGGGAGCCUCCAGGCCUCUUGCCGGGGAAGAGGGUGAAACCUGGGGGCAGAAAGGCCAC